AACUUUAAGAGAUAUACUUUAUAUGUUUUUAGUACUGCAAAAACAAAUGAACAUUACAAUUACAUCUUAUAAAUUCCUUUAUUCGGAUAAACUCUUCAAAACUAAAUUUUUCAAUUUAUGUAAAAAUUAACUAAAUUAGUUCGUAUUAUACUCUCACAUUUCAUUAUGUUACACAUGAACUAAACAAAAAUGACUCGUCCACCAUUAAAUACAUCCAAAAGCGGUAAGAUACUUUCAUGAAUAAUUAUAACCAUAAGUAACGGUAGAAAAUUAUUUUUAGGAAAUGCUAUCGAUGAAAAUCGUAAACCAUCAAAUAGAGCGCUCAAAUUUAAAAAGUCGAUAACUACAGCAAGCCGUAAAUUUAAUUCAACUGUGAAAACUCUAGAUCGUUUAGUAGGAGGAGCGGAUGAACCCGAAGAAAGCGGAGACGUAUCGAAACCACCGGAAGAAACUGCAGAGCAAACUGUUGUAGUGGAAUCAACAUCUAGUGUGAAAACUGAAGAUGGAAAACUUACUCGUACAGCUGGACCAUGCUGUACUUGUAUGUCACAAGUACCAGGAUCAACCGGAGAUAAGAAGGUGGAUGAAAUGAUCGACUAUGUGCAUCAAAAUUUACAAGAAGCGGGUAAAGCACUGGCUACCUUAGGCGAGAACUUUGAGCACGAUUCAAAGGUUGAGCCCUGUACGCAAGUAGAACCGUCAUGAAAUUAGGAAAAUGGGGGUACAAUAAAUAAAUAAAGUUUCUUUAUAAGAUUGAAUAUGCGAAUAAAUAAAAAUGAAUGAACUAGACUGUCCUUUAAAACUCCCAAUUUCGUAAUACGAAUAAACUCGUAAUCCGUUAUUUAAAGAAAACUUAGUCCUGUAAUAUUAUAAAACAUAAAUAUAUAUAAGGUAAUACACGCAAAUUGAAUUUAUUUUUACAAAAGUUAAUGUUCGCUGACAUAUUUGGUCGAAUACAACAAUGGAUUGGUUUGGUUCAAAAUAAAUUGGACAUUUGUAAGAACGAGAUCGAAUCAUUGCGUAAAGAAUUGAUAGCGCGAGCUUGUGAAAUCGACAAUCUAAGGAAAUUAUUGGCAGAAUGCGGGGAACGAGAGGCAAGUUUGUUAAUUAAAAUCUUUACUUCUCUGUAAUUUUUAAUAUAAUAAUAUUAUUAUAGAAAUCAGUGGCAACUACUCAAACGGUUGAACCUAGAAUAAAUGUCGUAAGUAAAUCACCUGAAGUUCCAGUUGCAGAAGUAGUGACAAAGGCAGCUCCAGUCUAUGAACCUGUUACUAAGGAAAUACCAGAAGAAAAUCCAAAAAUCCUAAAAGAGCCUAACGUAAUAAAGGAGUCUGAAGGAGUCGUAAUGAAAGAACCUAAAAACAUCAAAAUUAUUUGUACCGACGUAGCUAUUCAAUCAAUGUUGAAAGACAAAGACAGGAUGAGACGAGAAAUUGAACUUGAAGCUGAGAUAGCAAGGCUUCGGAAAGAAAAUGAGCGUAUAAUAAAAGAACGUGCCGAAUAUGAGAAUGCGAUACAACGAGCAUUACUACGAGGUGUUUCCUCAUUGAAUGUCGAGGCAUUGAGAGUUAUGCGUUGUCCACCAAUUCCAUGUUGUACUCCUUGUGCACCUUGUCCUGCUUCCACCAUGGAACCGAUUGUGUCUUGCAAGAAGGAAGGCGCGUCGGCUGCGAUCGCUAAAGGUUGCGUCACUCAACGUAGUGGCACUUGUGGAAAAACGGCUGUUCGCGAACAAGGUUGUUAUACUGUAAAACGACCUUGUGCCAGUCCUUGUUGUUCUACUGGAAAAAGUCGAAAGUCUGCAUCAAACAAUAGCCUGGUUUUUCUUCUUCAUCAGGGAGACACAGAGAAUAUUUGUGCCUCGAAUAACACGCCAAUGUCUCGAGUUUGCGGUUCACCGGUCAUGAAAAAGAUUGAAAUACCACCGUGUCCUAGAUUCAUUAUAUAAUAACGUUCACAGUAUAUAAUAGUAAUAAAAAGCCCUGAAUCGUUUUAAAUAAAACAGACGAACCACUUAAAUUUAAGGUUGUCGAUAAUUUAUGAUAUGGAAAUAAUAAAGAAACAUGAUAUUGAAAGUA